UUUAGGUCUUUGACAUCGAGCGGAUCGAGAGGAAUGGUCCACCACUAAAAGAAAAGGUAUGUCACUCUGUUGUUUGCUGCUUUGAAUGUGGAUCAUCUCAGGAAUGAAAUGGUCUCCCGCUGCUGCAUCCUCAUUGCUGUGGCCUCUACUUUGGGGGUGCCAUGGGCUCUGGAACAGCCUGCCAGCUCUUUGCUACAAUAUCACCCGGAUUUCCAAAGAAUGUGCCGCGUGUUCAACAUUUACAGGGCAUUCUGCUGGUUGGGCAGCUACGGCCACUCAUGCCCGAAGCCAUCCUUUAUCUACAGCAACUAUCCGUUUAUCCAAGAGCUGUAUUUGCCACUUCCGGCGAAUAAGGAGUGGGGCGCGGAAACCUCAAUAAAGUAUGUGGAUGGCGCUGGGAUACUACGUGUGUCAGGAGGGCGUGACCUUAAAGGUACUCAACAUUAUCCACGACUAUUUGGGGAUGCAGUUGCCCAAUUGUUUCAUCAACACCGGCAACACAUCAGGGAAAACAUGAAGCAAAUCGAGCAGCUUGACUAUGAACAAACCAGUGAAGUAAAUGAACAACAGCUGUUUAAAACCAGACCACCCGAACCAAACACAUUCAUUCGUUCGAGGCACAGCCUAUUAUCUGGCAAGCCGAAGCGAGAGUUCGUUAAGGACAGCUAG